AUGGGAAAUAAGGCAACAAAAACACUCGGAGAAGAACCAAACUCUGAGAUAGACUUUUUAGCUGCAAAUUCCUAUCGGGAGGAUUUAUUUGAAGUCUUUCCAAUUGUGAUUGAAAAGUUGGAGAGUGGUGUCGUAGAGUUGGAAAAUUUUGAAAAGUUGUUGGAUGAUCUUUCAGCGCAUUACAAGGCUUUGAUCAAGAAAUUUUCAACAUUGAGAAAGAAAGAAGCAUCAUCUUCCGACACACGGAAACCAACAGAAGUGUUGGAUAAAUUAUAUUCGGGUCUUGAAGUGAUGGCUCAAAAUUAUGUCACCACUUGCAACGAAUUGGAAAAUCUUGCAAAAGAUGUCGAUGAAGUGAAAAAGGAAUUGGAGAACUAUAUUAUCAUGGCAAAGAAAGAGGAGAAACAGUUGAGCUCACGACUCGUCGCUACGCGUAAAGAGGAAGACAAAAUUCGUGAUAAAUAUUUUGAUGAGAAACAAUACAUUCAGGAAACACAAGCAAGUAUUCUUGUGACAGAGGUGACGGAAAAGAAAGUUCAAGAUCUUGUCAAGAAAAUUGCGCAAAGUGAAGAAUACGUGUCCAAACUAGACAGGGAUGCUGAUGUUGCCAAACGAAAAGUCAAAGAAGUGAGCAGUGAGUAUGACACAAAAUUGAAGAACAUUCUUUCUCAUUUGGAAUUCAUCGAUCGAAAGAGAUUCAGAUACAUGAAAGAAAUGAUUUCUCGUUUCAAUACAAUUCAAGUCAACACAGCUAAAAUGGUAAUUGAACAAUCUGGAGCUAUCGAUAAUAAGGUUGCACAAUUAAAUGAAGAAUCAGAAUUCUCAGAAUUUAUCAAAGCAACCAAAGCUGCAAUCAAUGAAAACAAGAGCAGUAUUUCUCAAGAGUCAGAAUAUAAGCGAAUGCAGCGAUUGGCAUCUCAGAGUUACGAAUAUUUAAACUUUAUUUCAGAUGGUGUAAAAAAGAACAUUGAAGUUAAAAAUCGAUUUUCCGAUCAACAGUUCCCACCUCUCAAUAUUUCUAUUGAUCCAACGAUUGAACAUCAAAUUGUAUUGUGGGCAAGAGCUCCCGAUAUUUUAGGAAAUAAUUUCAAAGUGUUCAGUCCAGAGACCAUUUUAAGCAAUGAUAUUUAUUCGACUAAUAUGAUUAAUGAUGCAUGGUUGUGCUCUGCUUUAUGCCUCUUGGGAGUCAAACCUGCUCUCAUUGAAAGAUUAUUCGCUGUCAAACAAGUGAAUGAAGCUGGUAUCUAUGAAUUGAAUUUAUGCAUUGCUGGAGAGUGGUGUAAAGUUGUCAUUGAUGAUUACUUCCCAUUAGGAAAAGAUGGUAAACCGCUCUAUGCUUCAAGCAAAAUGGGUGAUAUGUGGAUUAUGGCAAUCGAGAAGGCAGUUGCCAAAAUUUUUGGAUGUUACCACAAAAUAUCUUCAGGAUUGACCAUUAGUGACGCAUUUGAGUUGCUCUCAGGAUGUCCAACUUACUCGAUCAAUACCAAACAUGAACCUUCUGAACGUCUGUGGAGAAGAGUUACCCAAUUUGGCGAGUUAAGAUACAUCGCAGCCUGUACCACUUCAGAUUUUACUACUCUAGCUCAACAAAAAAUUGAUCCUCAAGGUUUAUUACCUCAUCAGACCUUUGCCCUACUUGGAUGUGUGGAAAUUAGUGGCAAAAAAGUAUUCAAAUUGAAAUCAUUGAGAGGAAAAGCAGAAUGGAAGGGCGCUUGGUCUGUCACUGAUAAAGUCAACUGGACUCCUGAAUUUAGAAACGCCCUAAGUGUUGAGUCUGCAACCAAUGAGGGAUGCAUUUUCAUGUCACUAACAGAUUUUAUGAAAUAUUUCUCUACAAUUUCGGCAUGCAAAUACGAUCCUCUCUUUGCAAGACAUUUUAUUCGAUCACCUACCAAUGAAGUAUUUGUUUUUGAUUUAAUCAUAGAAAAUGAUCAAAAGGAAAUGUAUAUUGGACUUCACCAACUUCAUGAGAAUGUUAGAGGAUUUUCAGGAAAGUCAGCCAUUGGAUUUAUCAUUGCCAACAAGAAACAAAAAGUAACUUGUGCCAUGCCCAUUAAUACUCAUCACUACAAUUUUACUGAACCACUCUCUUUGAGAGCUGGUGAAUAUCAAAUUAUUCCAGUCAUGCCUACUGAUAUUUCUGGUUUGAAUCGGGCUGCCUAUUAUGUUGUGACUGUUCAUGCAAGAGGAAGCUUCAAGUUAAAACUUGCUGAUUCCUCCAAAACGGUUUCGAAAUUGCUAUUGCCAGCUAUGAAAGUACUUGUGGAUUCGUAUCGAAUGAAAGUGCAACAACAACAGCAGACAGCAAUGGCGUCACAACAAGCAGGUGCCACCUCGACUGUUUCUCCUCAACAAUCACAACAACAGAUUCCUCCCAAUCAAGUCUUGUUGCCAUUCCAAAGACAACAAUCGGCACAAUUUAAACCUUUGCAAGAAGCAGCUGGUGACGAGGUAGAUAUUCAAUAUGUGGUACAACCUCAAGAGAAGAGUAAUUCACCACCUGACAUGGCAGCAGUUCCAAGCAGUACUUCUAGUAGCACUUCUGCCACUGGUAGUGCUGCUGUUGAGGAGAAUGGAAGUAAGACAACAACAAUUGAGGUCAGCAAUGAUGGAACAACCACUCCAGCAACCAUCGAAGAACCUGUGGCAACUCAAAAUGCAACAACACCUACUCCGACGUCUCAAGAACCAACGCCACCAAGCACAUCCCAAAACGAGGCACUAACACAAAGUGAAGCAGUGAUCUCAACCGACCAGACAGUACCAACUGCAAGUGACAAUGACACUACCGAAAGUUCACAACAUGAAUAA